CGAGUGGUGCUGAUGCUGUGACAAUGGGAGUCAUCCAGAUAAGCAUCAUCUGGACCGAGUGUGCUUAAAACACAGCGGCAACACACGCGCUUCACUCACUGUAACAGGGACGGGAAAGCAGCUGGGUGAGAAACACGAGGAGGAAGCUCCAGCUGCUGCUCCGAGACGUCUAGUGAUGGGAGCAUUCAGCCGCCAGAAGUUUUUCCAGGAGCUUGCUCAUGGCUGCCUGCUGCCUACAGCUCAGCAGGGCCUGGAGCAAGUAUGGCAGCUGCUGGUUAUCUGCCUGCUGUGUCGGCUUCUCUGGAUGUUGGGCCUCCCUUCCUUUGUGAAACACCUGAGCACAGUGGCGGGAGGUUUCUACACUCUCUACCUGUUCUUCGAGCUUCACAUGAUAUGGGUGGUCCUCCUCAGCCUUCUCUGCUACCUCUUCCUCUUCCUGUGCCGCCACUCCACCAUCCGAGGCACCUUCCUCUCCAUCACGGUGCUCAUCUACCUGCUGCUGGGGGAGCUGCACAUGAUGGACACCACCAACUGGCACAAGAUGAGAGGUUCACAGAUGGUGGUUGCCAUGAAAGCCAUCUCUCUGGCCUUCGAUCUGGACAGAGGUGUCGUGACCAGUGUACCCUCACCCAUUGAGUUCAUGGGCUAUAUUUACUUUGUGGGCACAGUCAUCUUUGGUCCUUGGAUCAGCUUCAACAGCUACAAAGACGCUUUAGAGGGACGUAAGCUGAGCUUUUCGUGGCUUUUAAAAGUGUCUGUUAGCUGGGUGAAGAGCCAGGUCUGCCUUGUUAUUUCCAACUGUGUGGCUCCCUACCUCUUCCCUUACUUCAUACCUGUCUAUGGAGACAAGCUACUACGAGGCAAAAAGAGGAGGAAGAUCAGAGGUACAACGGCAAAGUGGCUGCUGGCGUACGAGAACACGAUGUCUUUUCACUUCAGCAAUUAUUUUGUCGGUUAUUUGAGCGAGACUACGACUACUCUGGCUGGAGCAGGCUUCACCGAGGAGAAGGAAAACCUCAAAUGGGACAUGACUGUAUCCAAGCCACUGAAUAUAGAGUUUCCCCGGUCGAUGGUGGAGGUGGUAACAUCAUGGAAUCUGCCCAUGUCUCGCUUCCUGCACACCUAUGUUUUUAAGAGUGCUCUCAAAUUUGGGACGUUCUCCGCCAUCAUGGUGACGUAUACAGCAAGUGCCCUGCUGCAUGGUUUGAGCUUUCAUCUGGGUGCAGUACUCAUAUCUCUCGGGUUCAUCACGUACAUUGAGCACGUGUUGCGGAAGAGGCUUGCAGACAUUUUUAAUGCCUGUAUACUGUCAAGGAAAUGUCAGCCAAACUGCACUCACCGGAACAAAAAGGAGCUAUGGGUGUAUGUGAUUAACAUAGCAUUCAGUGCACUGGCAAUACUCCACCUGACGUACCUGGGCUCUGUGUUCAACUCCAGUGUGGACUACAUGGAGGAGGAUGAGGACGAUAUAACCCAUCAUACCAUUCAGAAGUGGUCAGAGCUGAGCUGGACAAGCCACUGGGUCACAUUUGGAUGCUGGAUAUUGUACCGCCUCAUUCUCUAAUAACAGGAGAAGCAGAGAAAGUGAAGCAAUAAUGAGAGAUGUAAGGCUGGUUCUCCACUUCUGCACUGUGACUUUAUUCCGCAUCAGACCGAAGAGAACCGAAUCAACCUGUAUACAACAAUAAACCAACGCGCAGUGUUCAGGUUGCGCCGCAUGUUGGCUGGGUAAUCUAUUAGUCUAACCUGCUGGGGACGUAGUUUUGAUAUCCAUGAAAUGAUAGCCCGCUCCCUCACCCCUCCCUUCUCUCCGUAUCUCAUCCUUUUUAUCUGAGCUGCAGUUGUCAAGCCCUCAUGUUGUGACAGCAGUUACCGAUGUCUCACUGUGAGUCGCAAUCAAUACCUAUCAGCAUGGUGGAGAUCGGCUGCUCCUUUCUGUGGACACAUGAUAGAGCCCAUUAUCUAGGUUUCAGCGUCGACUGUGGCAGAUGUCCUCCAGAUGUGGUUUCCCCCCUCACCUCAAGUGUUUUACAAUAAUAGUUUUUAGGUUUGAAGGAUGAGGCUGGUGAUAUUCUAUGUGCUAUAUUCCUAUUUUCAACAAACAAAUCCCUUGAAAAGACAAACAGUACCUUAGUGUACGGAGGCCCACAGGGGACUUUAUUAAAGUGAUAAUGUAAACUUGAAAAUGAAAAUGUAAUUCCCAAAUAGCAAUUAAAUUUUCCGCAUAUGUAAAUGAAAUACAAUAAUCUAAUUUGCAUUUUCACAUAUUCAUAUAGGCAUUUUACGAGCCCAGGCUAUUAUUUGAUAAGAUCACUGAACUCAACAGGCCUAUAUUUGGGACAGGCCUUACACAAAACUGUUGCUCAGCAAGUAUGGGAAAUAGAGUCAAAUUGUUUAUUUGAACCAGUAUGAAUAUUGUAUAAAAAUCAGUCUUUGAAUAAGAUAUGAAUUGUGUUACGUUGUGACACUUGUUUCAUGACACUCGAGGAUUACGGCAUCUGGCACACUGACACAACAUCACUUUAUCCUGUUAAAACAAUACUCACAACUCGGAUUCAUUUUUAUGAAAAACACUUCUGAUUCUUUUGAACUAACGACCCUUGCAGACUAAAGGAAUAUAAGUAACUUGACAGGUAAUCAAGGAAUAGACACAUAUUCUGACUUUGUGGCAGCUUCAGAGUAAAGGCGUCACCACUUGUUCCUUCGUCAUGCUGGCAGUUUUGAAUGAAUUACAGUCUUCUCUGGUGCUCAUGGUUUCAGUAAAAUGAAAUGAACUGAGCUAAGGAUGUGUGGCAUCUCCAAUAUUGACAAACGUUUAAACAUUUAUUCUUGUAUGUGUGAUAUAAACAGCUAACUAAUGUUAGCCUAAGUGGUCCGAUUGUGUAAUCCGGGUUUUAUACAUCCAAAGAAUUUCUAUAAAAAUGAACUUCUUGGCGACCAGACCAGGCUUCUAAUUGAGACAGGCAUUUAUUUGUCAAAAUGUGUAGCAACACAAGGCUAGUAAAAGAGACUGGGCAUUAAAUUGGGACUAGGCUUUUAAUUGAGGUAUUAUUGUAGAAAUUAAACAACUGAAUGACUGAAUUUUUCAAAGUUGUAUUCUGCUGUGCAGUGGACAAAAUUCAAAUGUUAUUUAAUUAAAAUCCAGUCUAAACAAUCUAAUCUGAUUUUCCAUUCAUGCUUACAAUAUUUAAGUCAAAAUGGAAACGAAAAUGAAAAUGACAUCCAACAUUUUAUUUUCAAAGGCUUAACCUGCUGAACAGUGGACAAUAUUUUGAAUGUUAUAUCAAAUUAAAAAAAUUUAAAUGCAACAUGAAGAAGGGGUGGGCGAACCCCUAACCACACAGAGUCGGUAAUAAUUUCGCUUUCAGCCAUGCUUUUUGUUGCCAUGGGUAACAGUAUGAUGUCAGUAUGUCAAGUUGAAAUAUCAAGAGUAUCACGAUAUUAGUUCUUCAUAUGAUAUUAAAAAAAAUACCGAUAUUAUGAGAUGAUAUGGCACACCCCUAAUAUGAACAAUGUAGUCCAGUUGUCCAUUUAUGCAAGCAUUAUUUAGGGCACAAUUUAAAACGCAGUUUUUUUGGCUUUUAAAAAUAGAAAUGAAAACGGAAUCUGAAAUUUCAUUUUAAAGACUAAUGUGAAAAUGAAAAUUGGAUUAUUGCAUUUGGAUCUUUUCUCAGAUAACAUACAUAUAUGGAAAAUUAAAAUGCUAUUGUGGAAUUACAUUUUCAUUUUGAAGUUUACAUUAUUAUUUUAAUUAAGUCCCCAAUGGGCUCCCAUAUUAGCUCAUCUCAAAACGUUCUGACUUCCCGCAGCCUGUCUGUGACUCUCAGACAAUCCACUCUAUAUGCUCACAUUUUAAAAAAAGGCUGAUUUUCUAAAACAUGAGAGCACUGUAGGUUUUAGCAGAUUUAUUGGGAACUAUUUUCAGCAGCGUAUUAAUACACGUCGUGCUCCAGUGAGUAUAUACGGCGCCAGGACGGCGUACGUGGGAUUGACUCAAAAUAAACUACAGUGCCCACGUUCAUUGCAAUGAAGGAAGAUGUCACCCAGUGAAACAGUGGCUUACUGAUGCAUUUUGGACAGCAGGGGAGGUUUAUGACACAGAUAGAUAUCAGGCUGCAGCUACAGAGGCAACACUUGUUAGAAGAGUCAGUUACUUGAUGGUUUUGGUCUUUUCAUGGGAUUUGUUGGCAAAGAAGAUAACCAGACGUAUCCUUUAUAACAGAGCGUGUCUCUUGAGCAUGUGUAAGACAACAAAGAGUUUACUUCUGAAUGAAAAGAGCACAGGCUAUGGUUAUGACAAGGCAGCAAUUAUAAUGUAAAAUUUCCCCCUUUUGUGAAUUUUAGAUAAAGAAAAUGAAUCUAUGAACUGAUUUUUGUGGUGAAAUUUCCUAAUGGUGUUUGUAUUUUGUUUUGUGUUAUUUUGAUAAUUUUCUUUAAAUUGAAUUAUUUGAUUUGCUUAGAGAAGGUCUUAUUAGUAUUUGUGAACAUUUGAAAAACUCUUUCACUCUUCAGUAUUAAAAAUAAAAGUUUAGAAUCAGGGUAUUUCACGUGUUACUGUAAAGGAAAACACUUCUCUAUAAAUUUCAUAUUAGAUUAAAUGAUAAAGUAUAUUAAAUAUGUAUCCUUAAGUAAAGUUUUUAUCACACUGCUGCUUUAAAUGAUGCAUUUACAUGUAUGUGACUGACUCUGAUGGAAGAAUCAAACGAGAGUCUAUCAGAUUGUCUUCACGUUCUGUCUUUAUCUUUCUUAAAUCUAGAACGUCAAAGGAUUUGCUUCUUGACUAAGACUUAGUGUUUUAGAUUAGAGUCUGAAUGUUUGUUCAUGCCUGAGAACAAGUGCUCAGUCUCUUCAGACGUACUCAAUCCACUCAAUCCGACAAGUACGGUAUUUUAAAUAUUACUCUGAUAUUUGCUUUAAGCCGACUUUUCUCCCUGUAAAUGUGAAGGCACUGACACACCUGUGAUAUUUUUAUAAAAA